UAUGAAUGUUUAUAGUGAAAGGCACGUUGUAAGUUAUGUAAGUUAGUUGAGUUAGUUGACGUCUUCUCGAAAAGAAGCGGAAGCUGACCAGAAUAGAGGAGAGCACAAAUACUUUUGCAGUUUUCAGUCACUGAAAUAUUCAAGACUCGGGUUACACUCCUCUGUCAGAUGGCGUUUUGCCUGGCUGAGCUGCACUUGUGGUCCACCAAGAGCUCACUCCAAGUCAAAGAUACAGAUAUUGGCACCUAUCAGUACUACGAUAAAGGAGAGCCAGCUCAUCCCCUGGAGCAUCACUACUACAAUGAGAAACAACAGUUCUGUGAAGCUCGAGGCUACUCGUGGACCCCCAGGAACCGCCGACCGGAGAAGCUCCGCGAUUCGCUGAAGGAGUUGGAGGAACUGUUGCAGACCAACACCUGUGUUCACACCAGAUGGAGGAGCAAGCAUUGUUGCCAGGUGUUGCUGAGCAGUGGAGUCCUGGUGACUCUGACUCUAAAUGGACCUCAGCUGGAACAAGUUUAUGUAGAUCGCACAUUAGUAGGCCGACUACCAGGCAACACUGUGGCUGAUGUGGUGCUCAGUGAUCGGCUCAUUCUGCUGUCCUUCCUGGAUCAGAGCCAAGUGGCUGCAGUCUACCUCAACCAGAAGAACCAGGACUCCCCAGAGACUGGCAGGCGCACAGAGAAACUCUCACCCUCUGAAAUCAAGGUGGUGUGUGUGGAGGGGAGCGGGCGAGGUCGUAGGCUCCGCAGACGCGUGGCAAUCAACCGUCUCCAGGAUGUGGCGCUCUGCUGGUGGGACUUGGACGAGCCCGAUGAGGAGCUGUGGCCCUGGACUCCAACAAACACACACAGGAACAACAUGGUCCUGCUCAGCUGCUCGCCUGCUGAAGGCCUCAAGGUCCUCAGCUCUCUCCGGACAGAAGGCAAUCCUCUGGACUGCCGCUUCAGUCUGCUGCAGCCAUACCAGCUGCUCACAGUAGAGCUACCUGCAGGACCCCACCAAGGAUUCAGAGAGGAGUCCUGGGCCGACACCUGUGUCUACGAGUGUGCACGAGGACGCCUGCACCGCCUGUCCGUCACCCGCAUCCCGCUACCUUCCCAUCCUGUCUCCUGCUCUCGUCACCCCUCUGAGACCACACUUCUCCUGGGCCUGAGUGACUCCUCCUUGGUCCUGUAUGACCAGCGACGGGGGGUCUCUCUCCUGGCCUCCUGCCCCGUGCCACCCACCGUCCUCUCCUGGCACCCUGCUGGGGCUGUGGUCGUGGUGGGGGGAGAGCAGGGGGAGCUGAUGUGCUUUGAUGUGGGCUUGGCACCUUUGAAUGUGGCGCUGGUAGCGGAGGAGGUAGCUUCAGCUGCCACGCUAAGACUAGCUGAGCACCUGCGCUGCUCUGGAGGACUGGAGGGACUGCAGUGGACCACAGGCCUGGAAGCAGAUGUGCUGAUGCUGGCCUUUCAUGGGGGACCACUUGCAUCCUUGAGAUUCAGACUAGGAGCUCUGACUGGAGGUCAGAUGGGUUCCGGGGAGCUGCUGCAGCAGCGGCUGCGCUGUGGUCAGGUCAGAGAGGCUCUGGGCGUCCUGGAGGCCAUGGACUGGAGCAUCAUGGGAGACGAGUGCUACCGAGGCCUGACAUCAGUCACAGACCACUUGCUGAGGCUGGAGCUGAACGCAGAGAGAGAGGCUCAACUAGAAGCUGCUCUGGGUGUGUUUUAUGCCCCACCUGCUCUUCUCUCUGAUGUCGUGAUACUGGAGUACAGAGACCCAAUCAGCAGAUAUGCCCGCCGCUUUUUUCACCACCUUCUCAGACACCAGCGCUUGGAGAAGGCCUUCCUCCUUGCCGUAGAUUUAGAAGCCAGAGAUUUAUUCAUGGACCUCCAUUAUGUUGCCAGCGAUAAGGGCGAGGUGGUGCUCGCGGAUGUGGCCAAGAGGAAAGCUAAUGAAAUCGAGGCCCACACCGUCACAGGCAACGAAGAUCCUCUGAGAGGCAGAAAUGGUGUGUUGUUGUGUGGCUCUGGCCUCGGGGACAGACAGACGGAGAGGAACCAGAGUGCUACAGGACCUUCGUACCCAGACGCUCCCACAACACAUGCUGAUGGAAGACCCGAUCAGAGGAGACCACAGGCAGAGAGCAUAUGUGUGACCGUGAACCCAGAUGUGUUCAGGACACUAAGACAAACAGGAAGAAGUGAAGGUGACAGAGGCGGCAGGAAUGAUGACGACGACCUCGGGACGCUUCAUGUGGUCCAUUUAGGAAUGGUUUGAUAGAUACAAAAAGAAACACAACAUCUCACAAUAAGACACUCUCCUUGUCUAUAUCUUUAUAUGCAAAGCAGUUACUUACCUGUAAUAUUACUGUAACACUGUAUAGACGACUGAUGAAAGUGGAGUAAUACAUGACUGUUAUAUGUAAAUAUAUUAGUUUAUAUUUCCACUUAUGUUGGUAAGUUGUACAUUUUAAAAUGUUUUUUAUGUUUUACACCUGUUUAUCUGUGAAAUUCGGGAGUGAAUUCAGGUUAUUUUCUGUCUUAGUGAAGUGUAAUCCAAAUGAACCUUAAAAGAAAACGGUUACACCAGCUUCUGCCUUUAAAAACCCGACUGAAAAUGUUUUAAACCUUUCCAUUAAUCAGCCUGGAAAAAUAAAGACUUGUAUUAUACUUCCAUCACCACUGAUAUUGAAUGUUCCAAGCUG